GGCUCUCUCCAGGCCCGUCGAACUCGAGCUCUGGUCUGGGGGCCAGACGAGCCAACAGCAUAAAUUGAGGCCUCCAUUACCUGGAACGCCAUCACGCAGCGUGCUCUACACUGUCUACACGUUCGUUCCCACAACCUCCCCUCUUGUGCAUACACCCCUGAGCACGUUGCCUGGUCCCAUACCACUGACUGCUCCCGGUCUUUUCGCUGCUCCCAAUCGAGUCAGUGAAGCCAGCUCUCGUCCAGGCUCUUGUACAUACCAAGACGCUGUAGAGCUGCAGAUAUCGCAGCCGCACGUAGAUUCGCAUUCUUUUUCGAGCCAAUCUAUUAUUUCCUUUGAUAAUGGCUCCUCCCAUGGGCGACGUCUCCGGCCCUACAGCCAUGCUCAUGCCUGACGUCAGCAGCAGCGGAAGCCUCUUCGUCCACCCGUCGGACUUCCAAGCCUCCGUCGCCGUCGACGCUCUCCGCCACGCAAUCUACACCUCGCAGCUCGAACACGCCAUCCUCGAUAAGACAUCCCGCGAUAAGACCACGUCGGAUGUCUCCAUCGAGCCGGCGAGCUACGAGGAGGGCUACGUGUACGAUCCCACGGCGCCCAUUCCGGCGGGCUCGACGGACGUGGUGUUGGUGCGGCACGGCGAGACGUUUUGGAACCACGACCACCGCCUGCAGGGCCAGCUCGACACGGAGCUCAACGCCGCGGGUCUCGCGCAAGCUCAAGCCGUCGCGGCUCGAUUCGCCACGUGGGAGUUCCCCUUCUGCGCCAUCUACGCGUCGGAUCUGCGCCGCGCCGCGGACACGGCUCAGGCCAUCGCGGACCGCGCGGGAUUCCCGGGGAUUGUCAGGGACGUGGGACUGCGCGAGCGGCACAUCGGACACCUGCAGGGCUGCCUGGCUCACGAGGCGCCGCUCAAACAGCCGGAGGCGUUUAAAGCCUUUCAUUCUGAGGACCCCUCUACUGCCAUUCCGGGCGGCGGGGAGAGCAUGGCUCAGCUGGUCGAGAGGACGAGCAAGACGGUGGAUAAGAUCGCCCGCAAUCACCGAGGGAAGCGCGUGGUGGUCGUUUGCCAUGGCGCCGUGAUGAUGGCGCUUCACCGCCACGCGUUGGGCCACGACUCGUCCAUGGGGGUCAUAAACGCGUCGAUCAACGUCGUCCGCGUGUCAGCUGAUCACACGUGGCGCGUCCUCCACUGGGGCGAUGUGAAGCAUCUCGAUGGGAUGGAGUUCGACCAUGAUGGCUUCGGCGGUGGCAAGGACUCCGCCUAGGUCUUAUAACAAGGAUUAGGACGCAAGAGGAACGCGGUGUACAAAGCAUGAGAGGCACUCAAAGCAACAGUAGCAUGUCCAUACCGAAGCGAAGGAUCAGCAGCAUGUUGUAGAUAAUGUCGAUGCUUCUGUCAUUCAAAGCAAUGUACCCCACUCUGUGGACAUCCAUAACAGACCAAUUCUGUGGACAUGAUGCGGAAAUGAGAUACUAGUGUCUCAAAUGUGCCAUAUGUGAUGUUCGUUUUUUAG